AUGUUUAGCGAGUUUGAAUUUGCUGGGAAACUGAAUCCUACUUUUGUGGAAGGGGAAUUUAAGCUCCCAUUAUCAAGCAUACGAGCAUAUCUAAAAGAGCCUAUGACUCCCAGGUUUCACAUUCUUUUCAUUUUGUUGGAUUAUCUUCUUGUUCGUACCCGACCUGACAGGCCUGGACUUGAUCUAACCUCCUGCUGUUCGCUUAAACAAGGAAUUGGAUUUUAUCCUGACAUUCAAGUUCAAGUUUUGGAGCAGGGGGAGGAUUUAAUAUGGGAAAGUGGAAUCCCAUAUACAAUUGUGAGGCCUUGUGCAUUAACUGAGGAGCUUGCCGGAGCAGAUCUCAUUUUCAACCAAGGAGACAAUAUAAUGGGUAAGAUAUCAAGAGAGGAGGUUGCUCAGAUUUGUGUUGCUGCGUUGGAAAGCCCCUAUGCAUCUGGCAAGACAUUUGAGGUUAAAAGUGUUGUGCCAUUUAGUGACCGUCAAAAUCCACCCCCCGAGAAGGACUACAAUGUUUACUUUAAAACUUUGAAAGAUGGAAUUACAGGAAAGGAAAUCCUCGAACAAGAUCCUGUACCAGUGUAA